AUGGCGUCCGUGACGCGGCGCGCUCUGUCCCGUGGCUGCCGCCGCCUGGCGGUUGUGCUGCUCGCGCUUGCAGUGGUCGCGUCGUUUGCGGCGGAGGACGAGAGCAGCGGGCCGGACUGGCACGUCGUCAGCGUCACCUCGCUGCUGCCGGACGCGGUCUGCAAGCCUAAGAGAGCGGUGUCAAACUCGUCGGCUCUCAGCGUGGUGCACCGGCACGCCCCAUGCUCGCCGCUGCAGGCUAGGGGCGGCGAGCCGUCUCAUGCGGAGAUCCUGGACAGGGACCAGGACAGGGUCGACUCGAUCCACCGCCUGACCGCUGGCCCGUCGACGGCCGACGACCCAGCCAGCGCCUCCAAGGGCGUGUCCCUGCCGGCGCGCAGGGGCGUGCCUCUCGGCACGGCCAACUACAUCGUCUCGGUUGGCCUCGGGACGCCCAAGCGGGACUUCCUGGUGGUGUUCGACACCGGCAGCGACCUUUCUUGGGUGCAGUGCAAGCCGUGCGACGACUGCUACCAGCAGCACGACCCGCUCUUCGACCCGUCGCAGUCGACGACCUACUCCGCCGUGCCGUGCGGCGCGCCGGAGUGCCGGCGGCUCGACUCGGGGUCCUGCUCGUCGGGCAAGUGCCGGUAUGAGGUCGUCUACGGCGACAUGUCGCAGACGGACGGCAACCUCGCGCGCGACACGCUGACGCUGGGCCCGUCGUCGUCGUCCGACCAGCUCCAGGGGUUCGUCUUCGGGUGCGGCGACGACGACACCGGGCUGUUCGGCAAGGCCGACGGGCUCUUCGGCCUCGGCCGCGACAAGGUGUCGCUGGCCUCGCAGGCGGCCGCCAAGUACGGCACCGGGUUCUCCUAUUGCUUGCCCUCGUCGUCCAGCGCCGAGGGGUACCUGUCCCUCGGCAGCGCCGCGCCGCCCAACGCGCAGUUCACGGCGAUGGUGACCCGCAGCGACACCCCGUCUUUCUACUACCUCAACCUGGUCGGGAUCAAGGUGGCCGGACGGACGGUCAGGGUGUCCCCCGCCGUGUUCAGGACGCCCGGCACCGUGAUCGACUCGGGCACCGUGAUCACCCGCCUCCCGUCCCGCGCCUACUCCGCGCUCCGGUCGUCGUUCGCGGGCCUCAUGCGCAGGUACAAGAGGGCGCCCGCGCUGUCCAUCCUGGACACGUGCUACGACUUCACGGGGCGGGCCAAGGUGCGUAUCCCGUCGGUGGCGCUGCUGUUCGACGGCGGCGCCACCCUGAACCUCGGCUUCGGCGGGGUGCUGUACGUGGCGAAAAAGUCGCAGGCGUGCCUGGCGUUCGCGUCCAACGGCGACGACACCUCCAUCGGCAUCCUCGGCAACAUGCAGCAGAAGACGUUCGCCGUGGUAUACGACGUGGCUAACCAGAAGAUCGGGUUCGGCGCCAAGGGCUGCAGCUGA